AUGAUAAUUGUAAAACCUUAUUGGGUCGAUCAUCAUGGAACACCAAUAUUUUCAAUUGAUGUGCACCCUGAUGGUAAAAGAUUAGCUACAUGUGGAGGAGAUUCAAAUAUAAAAAUAUGGAAUAUUGAACCAAUAUCCGAUGAGAUUAUGGAAGAUGAUGCUGAUGAUACAAGCAACAAAAGAACAACAACACCAACACCAAAAUUAUUAUAUUCAAUUAAUUAUGCACAUUCAAAAUCAAUUAACAGUAUCAAAUGGUCAAAAGAUGGUAGAUAUUUAGCAUCAGUUUCAGAUGAUAGAGAAUGUAUAGUUUGGACACUUUCACCAUUUCAAUCAGCAAAUACACCAGAGAUUUGGACGAGUAUAGUUUGCCUUAAAGGUCAUAGUGCUGAUAUCACCGAUGUUAUUUGGUCAGCAGAUAAUCAAUUUUUAGCUACUUGUAGUUUAGAUAAAACAAUUUUAAUUUGGGAAACUACUAAAUUUGGAAUUAUAAAAAAGUUAGAAAAACAAGAAAAGUUUAUAAAUGGAAUUACAUGGGAUCCAAUGGGUAAAUACUUGGUUUCACAAUCAGAUGGUUUGAUAUGUAUUUGGAAUACUAUCAAUUGGAAUUGUGAAAAAGUAAUUAAAGAUGUUGUUGGUGGUUUAGAUUUAAAAUCUUUCUUUUUAAGAUCAAGUUGGACACCAGAUUCUAAAUAUUUUAUAUCAACUCAAGGUUUUAAUAAAAAUAAUCAUUCAGCUAUAUUAAUAGGUAGAGAUAAUUUUAUAAAUAAUCAUUAUGGUAAUCAUAAUGACAAUGGUAAUGAUGAUGGUAAUGAUGAUGGUAAUGAUGAUGGUAAUGAUGGUAAUGAUGAUGGUAAUGAUGACACCUUUGAAUUGGUAGGCCAUACGGAUGUAGUUUCAGUUUCAAAAUGUUCUCCAAUUAUAUUUAAAGAUAAUUCAAAUAAUUAUUUUUCAUUAAUUUUAUUAGGAAGUGUUGAUUCAACAUUCUCAUUAUGGUUAUCACCACCUACUACUACUACUACUACUACUACCGAUACCAAUACCAAUAAUAGUAUUAAGAGAUCGCCACCUCAACUUAUAAUGGUUUGUAAAGAAGUUUUUAAAAAUACAAUACAAGAUGUUUCAUGGUGUCCUGAUGGUUUAUCAUUUUUUGUUUGUUCAAUUGAUGGAACUAUUGCCUAUAUAUCAUUGAAACUACAUGAAAUUAGUGAUGGAUCACUUCAACCUAUCAGUCAUAGAGAAAAACAACAAUUCUUUAAAAAAUCUUAUAAUUUUAAUUUACCAAAUGAAAUAGAACUAUUUAUUCAUAAAAGAAAUCAAAUACCAACUAAACCAAUCACUAGAACUACCCAAGAAGUACUAUCUACUCAAAAACAGUCAACAACUUUAACUGGAAAGAAAAGAAUAACACCAGUUACAACUACAUAUUAA